AUGCUCUUGCGCAGUUAUGGCACUCAGUACGGCAAUUAUACCAACUACGAGGACAUAUCGUCGUUUGCUCCAGCCCCAAGUUAUAGCUUUGCGGCUUCUGCACCAGCCCCAGUUUACAGUGCUCCAGCCCCAAGUUAUAGCUUUGCGGCUUCGGCACCAGCUCCAGUUUACAGUGCUCCAUCUUAUAGUGCUCCAUCUGUAUCUUAUGGUGGCUCUUCCCCUAGCUACAGCGUAGCUGCAUCCGCUCCAGCUCCAUCAUACAGCGCUCCGGCUCCAAGUUACAGCGUUGCAGCUUCUGCGCCAGCUCCAUCUGUUUCAUAUGCUGAACCAGAAUAUGCAGCUUCGGAACCAGCACCUGCUCAUAGCUUCUCGUCUUCGGAUGGCUACCGAUACAAAACUCAAAGACGCGUUGUAUACCGCCAUCGCAGACGCCGUGAAGCACUUUCAAGUGAAUACCUUCCCCCAGCAGCUUCAUCUCCUUCUGUAGAAUACUUACCCCCGGCAGCAUCGGCUCCAGCUCCAUCUUAUUCCGUAUCACCGUCCGUCUCCUAUGCGCCAGCUCCAUCUUAUCAAUCCGAAUCAUACGCUCCAGCCGCUUCUUCCUAUUCGACGUCAUACGCCGAGCCAUCCUACGCUGAAUCUGCCCCGGCUCACAGCUUCUCUUCUGAUGAUGGUUAUCGCUAUAAAACUGCUCGUCGCCGUGUUUACCGUCGUCGCCGAUACUAAUCUGUAUAAGAGAAUCAGAUCGACUAGAGAAUUUAAAAUGAAAUUUAUUCACCAUC